UGGCUGCAGUGUGAGCCCUGUGGGCGGGUGUGUGAGGGUGUCGGGUGUUUCCGCGCGCGGUUCGGUUUUGAAUUUAAACGCGGACAGUGGGGGUCGGUUUGGCUGUUGAACCGUCUCCUCAGUGUGUGGCCCUGAGGGGGAAAAUGGCCGAAGUGUCGGAGCGGACGCUCCAGGUCGCCAUCCUCGUCUCGUUCACCUCGGGAGUGCUGGUGGGCUGGGAGGCCAGCAGGCUGAGGAGGAAGUUCCUGGCCUGGAGGCGGAGGCGGCUCCGGGCCCGACUGGCCGACACUCAGAAGAAACUCGACUUGGCUUAGAA